AUAAAGGAUAUCCACAAGCAUCAGAACUACGACCACGUGGUAUCUGCACCGAUGCACUAUCACACAUCCUGGUCUGUGAUUUGAAAACGCACUCAGUACAAAUGCUAGAUAAGGAUGCCAAGUUUUUGUCAUAUCUAUUAAUAAGACCCCCCGGAAUUUUCACUCCAUCAAGCCUGUUUAAUGAUUUAAAAACGCAUCAUCUCUGGGUUGGAUCAAUUGCCAGAAACACUGUUUGUGUCUACAGAUAUCUAAGCCGACCUGGUUAUCUUGCAGAUAAAAAACCAGCUACUGCUGAAAAGGUGCGGCUAUUGAAAGAAACCAACAAACCAGUGGAUUUAAAUGAGUUUCUACAACAUUUGAUGUCAUCCCCGGUGCUAUCUGAAAAUCCAGUAGACAACUGGCUUUCUUUUAGAAUGACAAUGGAACGUCAUCAUGGAAGAAAUAAAGAUACUCCUAGUAGUUUGAAAUCACUGCGUGAAUCUGAAACUGAUGAAACUGAAAACUUACUAGAAGAAUGGAAUCAAUCUUCUGCAAAAGUAAUGAAGCCAUCGAGUAAUUCCAAACUAUCACCAGAAGCAGUUGAGUGUCCACAGCAGCUUAUACUAUCCAUCAAACUAUCUAAAUAUCUCACAGUGACAGGAGUUAAUCAAAUUCGUCAUAUCUGCUGUAUGAAGUCGGGCCUUUUCUGGAUUAACGAUGAUUAUAAAGACAUUAUGUUGAAAAAUGUACAUGAUGACACUCUACAUAAAAUAAGUGACAGACCAAAAAAAGAAGAAAGUAGUGGAUCUUUCACAAUAAAUAACGAACAUGAACUAAUUUACAUCAGUAAAAAUUUAAGCGUAGAAAAAUUGUCAACUGAUUUGACAAAAACCACAGUAAUUAUUCAGAAAUGGAUUCAUGAAUGGAAACCACGUUGUGUGUACUGGUCCCCGACAUCUGAUAGUCUACUGGUCGGAAUGCGUAGUAUACGUUUAAAUUGCGGUAUGGUAACGCGGUACAAACCGACUGGAGAACUGAAACAAGUCAUACGCUACGACAAUAACAGACUGGACCUCUAUAGAAAUCCUUGUUUUAUAAUAGAAAACAACAAUGGAGAUAUCGUGGUGUCUGACUCUGGGACUGCCGUAGUUGUGACAGACCAUAAAGGUAAAGAUCGUUUCUCCUAUACAGGACCUUCAUCAAGGCGCCGACUGGAGCCUAGAGGAAUCUGUACUGACCCGCUAUCAAAUAUCCUUGUUUGUGAUAACGUCUCUGAAUCAGUCCACGUUAUAGAUAAGGAUGGUCAGUUUCAAUUUUUACUACGUUUAAAGAAAGACAAAUGGCACAUAUUUGGUCUUAGUUAUAACGUCCAUUCUCAGCAACUCUGGAUCGGAUCACAAGAUAGCAAGAUUUGUGUUCUAAGAUAUUUAAAAAAAAAGUGAGUGAAACGACAGAUAUAUCUUGUUUUUUCCUCUUUACAUAUGGUAAUCGUAAACGUCAUUUGUAAAUGAGCAUUAUGAUUAACGCAAUAAAGAUUUCAUUUAUUCACUUGCAUAAAUAGAGGAAAUAUUUAUUUUGUCAAUCACAUCAGAAAUAGAAUUAUAGAUAACAAAAUGUAAAUGUAAAAGGUGUAUAACGUCACUGACAAUUUGCAGCUAAAUACCAACUCAAGGACAACCUUACUAAAGGGUAUAUUUUAGAAGUGUUUCUAAAAAGAUGUUAUAAGUAUUGAAAAGAGGGUGUUGCGUAAAAUGUAUUCUAAUAUCCAUUGAUGAUGGUUCCAUAUCAUAUCUGGUGUCAAACGUGAGACUUUGCUGCUAAAUUGUAUUCACUAUAAUUUAAUGGCAGAAAAGUUAGACGUUAAAUCAAAGAUUAUUCAUAGAAACAUUUGAUGUAACUACUCCAUGAUUGACUUGGUUAUUAUUAUACAUAAAAUGAUAACGAUUGAGGAAGUUGGCACCUAAAAUGAUAGUAAGGUCUAUCAUCUCAAAACCACUUGGAUAUAAAGAUGGGGACCUAUAAUGUUCAUUUUUUUAUUUGUGACCCACAAACACCAUUGUUUUGAAGGCUGCUUCAUUGAGGUUCACAUGUCAUUUUCAUCAAAAUUAGGUUAAAAGCUUGAAGAAAAAUAUUUUUAACUAAACAUGCACAUAGAUCACAAUCAAUUAAAUAUGUGGAAUGCAAUAUUUAGUUAAAAUCAUGUUUAACGUAUCAUUUGUCCUUUAAUGCCUAAACACUUCACAAUCAGGAAUAAUGUUCAGCUUUUUCACAUGCAUAGCAUGUGUGACCGGUAAAGAAAAAAAAUCAUUAAGAGAUGAUUUUUAAAGUGAAAAUAAUAAUACAAUUUCAAUACAAUUGAAAAA